GUGCGCGUGCCCAAAGCAGCGUGCGCAGGCGCCGAAAGGCGCGCAGCUGCCAUUGCUGCGCUGCCAAGGAGAACGGCCUGUUCCUGGAAGUCCACCGUCUCCUGGGGGAAGGCCCUUGCCUGGGAGCCAUGGUCCACGCCUUCCUCAUCCACACCCUGCGGGCCCCGAAUGACAAGGACGCUGGCUUCUGCCGAGUGCUCUACUCCUGUGUCUUUGGUGCGGAGAAGUCACCUGAUGACCCAAGGCCAAACGGGGCCGAGAGGGACAGACUCCUCCGCAAGGAGCAGAUCUUGGCCGUUGCCAGACAGGUGGAGUCUAUGUGCCAGCUGCAGCAGCAGGCAUCCGGCCGCUCAUCGGUGGACCUGCAGCCUCCGUCAUCCUCAGAUGAACCGAUGUCCCUGCAUGAUGCCCCACAUGGGGCCUUCCGCCUGGCAGCAGGGGACCCUUUCCAGGAGCCCCGGACGGUGGUCUGGCUGGGCAUGUUCUCCUUAGGCUUCGCGCUGGUCCUGGAUGCCCAUGAGAACCUGCUUCUGGCUGAGAGCACCCUCCGGCUGCUGGCACGCCUCCUCUCUGACCACCUCCGCCUGCUGGCCCCUGGCACCAGCCUUCUGCUACGGGCGGACCGCAUCGAGGCCAUCCUCACCCGCUUCCUGCCCCAUGGUCAGCUGCUCUUCCUCAAUGACCAGUUCGUCCAGGGCCUGGAGAAGGAGCUCAGUACUGCCUGGCCCCUCUGACCCUCUCCCUAGAGAGGGGCUGCCCGAAAGGGUGGGAGGGAGGACAGAGGCCUGGCACAGUCAGAUGAAGCGCGGCCUCUGCCUCCCACUCAGCCUGCACCCACUCUGAUGUGCUGCCCCACACAGGACAAAUGGACGGGCCAGCGAUCCAGAAUCACAGCACAGCCUGGGCCCAGAGCAGGGGCGUGACUGAUUCCGACCCCGUGUGGAGCCCACCCCGCUGCUCCACUCACCUCCCCUUUCUGACCUGCCAACCCGCCCCCGACAGUGGCUGGGGCCCGGGCAGCGAGGGGGUUCUGCUCUGCACACUGCCUGCAUCACCUUCUCAAACCCAUGGGAGCACCAGUGCGCCUGGGGGUGCUGUGCCUCCCACAUGGACAGGCUCUGACUUGGCACCCCCUGUGGCAACAGCAACAGGGAUGGUUGUCAGCGAGGCCAGCUCGGUGCCAGGUCCCCCCACAUUUCAGAAGCAUGCCUCCAUGGGAGGCUUUUGUUGUUUCUUAGGUUCCGACCCAUGUCUCCAGAAAAUCCUGGCCUCCCCCUCCACCCCCACCCCCCACCCUCCUGCGAGGAGAGAAGGCACCAGUCGGGUGGGUGCGAUCAGCCCGGCCUCUGCGUCGUCGGCGUUCUCAUUUUGAAUGAAAAACUCGGCCUGUGUGAUCUCACCCUGUUCCCACGAGUCUAAGUGAUGCAGGUCUGCCGCUGAGAGAGCGAGCGGGAGAAAGAUGAGGCGGUCUUCCCGUACAGUGUCUCAGAACCUUAUGUGGGGUCGCAGGGAGUCUGAAUGCGCCCCUGGCAUUGGGUUUGGUGUUGCUUUGUGAGUGAGCACCUCUCUGGAUGGGGGUCUGAAUAAACUCCUUGUUGCCUUUA